AUGUGUGAAGCCGCGAAUGCUGAAACGCGGAUAGGCGGGGGCUCACUGUAUUUCCAUUUUUUCUUUUGUUCUUUUAUUGUAUCUUUUUUCUUUUUCUUGUCUUUCUCUUCCUUCAUUCAUUUUUAUCUGUUGUUUUUCUUUUCUUAUUUAUUUACUUCUUUCUUUAUCUUUUCUUUUUCAUUCAUUCAUUUUCGUCAUUUUUCUGUUUUCUGUCCAUCUUGCGCAUUUUUCCUUAAUUUUUUCCUUGCUCUCUUUUUUCUUUUUCUUUUGCCGUCUUUCAUUUUUUAUUUGCUAUUUCUCUCCUUCUUUCUUAUCCACCUUGUUUUUCUAUUUCAAUUUUUACUCUUAUCAAUUUUUCUUUUCCUCUUUCUUUCUUUUUCUUACUUAUCAAUCAUUUUCCUUCUAUCUUUUAACACCUUUUCCUCCUUUCCUUUCUUUCAUUGUUGUUUUCAUUUUCUAAAUUAUUCUUUCUUUCUUUUUCUUUUUCUCGCUUAUCAAUUUUUUUCCUUCUUUCUUUUACGUACUUGUCCUUCCUUCCUUCCUUCCUUCCUUCCUUCCUUCCUUCCUAUUUUCUAA